ACCUGCUGUUCAGUCUGUUCUGUCCUGCCCUCUGGGAGACUAGCCCCAAGCGCCCUCAAGUUGGAACUCAAUGUUUCCGACAGCAAUUGAAGGCAGCGCCGUAUAGUCCUGCCUACCAGGAAGACGAAGGGAACCAGUAGUCACGAGGCCAGGUGUGGUGCAAUCCUUUUUCAACAGCACUCUGGUCAACCCGUGGGGUUCCCCUCCUUGAGUCACUGUGAUACAGAAAAAGGGUGAAGAGGCCAAGGAAGGAGGAAAUUCUUUCAUCCCAAGCAACGGCUACAACAGCUGUGCACCAGGAUGGACAGCCAAGAGGUGGGGGAUUUACUGGAGGAGUGUCUCAGGGUAUUGGCAGCAGCUCCGCAGUCCACCCAGCCCACUGAGGAAGAGAGGCUGAACUACUGCAGCUGUAGAGACUCGCUGUGUGCAGAACUGGCCUCUGUCCUGCAGGAGGCAACGGAAAUGAAGUGGCCCUUCAUGCCGGAGAAGUGGCAGUAUAAGCAGUCAGUCAGUGCCGACGACAAGACCAACCUCAGUGACCUCGUCAGCAAGCACCUGUCUCAGCUACUGGCUGUUCUGAGGGCUUCCAUCAUGGCUCAGGAGGCCUGCUCGGCACUGGCUGUGGUCUUCUUAGUCGACCGCUUCCUCUACUGGACGGACGAGUCCAGCCGGCUGCUGAAGAUCACCAAGCUGCUCCAUCGGCGCCACCCUGACAAGCCUGUGGCCCCCCAGCUGGUCAUACGACAGGCCAGAGUCUACCUUAACUCUGGCAAACUACAGAAGGCGGAAUACAUACUUAGCAGUCUCAUUAGCUAUAGUGGGGCCACAGGUCGUUGGGUUUACCGCUCUGAAAGUGACAGGGCUCUUGUGCAGGCCGUUAGCGUUCAAGUGCGUGGAAUGAUUUUACAAAAGCUGGGCCUGUGGCUAGAGGCUGCAGAGUUAAUCUGGGCUUCUCUAGUUGGCUACUAUGCACUUCCUAAACCUGAUAAAAAGGGCAUUGGAACCUCUCUUGGCAUACUGGCCAACAUACUGGUGUCAAUGAAUGAUGAGGACUUCCAUGCUUUUAGGACUAAUCCAGAUAUUGAUUUGUCUUUACUUGGGGACAGUCAUCGGCUUCUUUCGGCAGGCCAGGCAGCAAAGAUGGCGGUGGUAUACAGCCAGUACACUUCCCUCUAUGUGCUGACUAAUGUGGUAACUCAAGGGACCUGCUUGUUAUCAUACAGUUUCUCAGUGGACUGCCCUGCCUCUCAAAGGCAGUCUUUCCUCCUGCAGGCUAGAGAGGCAUUCACAAUCGGACUGCUCACCAAAGCAGGGGGCCAGUUGGUCACCAGCAAGCAGGAGCUUCACACCUUCCUCAAGGCCGCUUACUCCCUCACUGUCACUCACAAAUGGCUUGGCACUCCUCGGGAGGUUGUGGCGCAGGCAACUCAAGCUUGCAAAAAAGCGUUAGCAAGUUUCUAUGAAUACGAUGCAGGUACCCAAGACAAAGACACCCUCUGCGCUGAAAUCAUGCAUCUGGUCGCCCAAGUCAAGCUUCUGCUGCAAGUGGAGCCUUUCCUUAAUUCAGACAAGGGGUCUUUUAUCCCUGACAGUUACAGAAACAUCAAAGACAAAUCUGUAAAUUUCACUCUGGAAGGUUUUGCUAAGGUGAUGCAGAGAUUCCAGAAGUAUCAUGCAUCACUGUGUGAGACAACCAACACAAGCUGUAAGGGGACCAAAGACAAGAUAGAUGGGGCAAGGCUUUGUAUAACUGCACUGGGGACAACCAUCGGUACAAUCAACACAGAAUGUAUCACCGAGGCCUGCAAAGUGCCAAAAGAUGCACCCAAAGGAGAGGAGCCGCAACAGAGAGGUUCGAAGUCAUCUGCUGCACACCCACCUCAAAGGUCUGAGCUGUGUUCUACUCUAUUAAGCACAGAUAACCUUGGCUCUUCAUGGCAGAACUUCUCCUUGAGUAGUUCAGGUUCUCCUCGGCCCAGCAGCAGCAGCGGCUACACAGGAAGUAUUGCCAUUGAAUAUGAAGGAAGUGCAGGCAACCAGAACUGUCCGACCACUGAGGUUGAUGAUGAUAGGUCAGGAAGCAUGCUGCAAUCGCAUAAAAACGAGAAGCAGGACUUACAGGGUUUUAAUUCUGGUGUCAGUUCCCAUACUGUCCCAAGAUCUGCGGUAUCUUCCACUUCCUCCUCCAGUGCGAGUCGUGAUUCACAGAAGUUUGAAGUGAUACAGGCUGGAAUAGAGACAUUGGACACUGAGGAGGACUGGAUGAGCGAUGUUGUCGAUGUGCCAUUGCAACCAUCAUCAGCUGAAGGAGCAGUGCAAUCCUUAUCCCAGCUCACUCUCAUAACGUCCUCCAGCUCCCUCAGUGACAGUUUCAGUUCCCAAUCAUCGUGGGAGAAAAUCUCAGCUGACCUGAACCCCACCACAAGUAGGAAACCUCAGCCAAAUAGCCUAGCAACAGAAGGAAUCGGCCAAAGCAGCACGUCACCACAGUCCGAUGGGAGCUUCUUCAUCUUGGAAACACUAGAUUCUGAAACCAGUGAUUCAGCUCAUGAUCCCACGCACAAAAAACGCACAUCUGGAUGUGAACGCAGAACCUCGUCCACGCCACAACCUCUGGAGAGCCUUCAUGUUGACCCCAAGACAGACGCCAGAGCUGACUCAGUAUCUGUAAAACCUGCUAUCAAGAACUCCUCAGCAACCCCACACCCAAACGUUUCCCAGUUUGUCCCAGAACAGAGUGCCCCCACUGAAACGUCCACAGCGAGUUCAUUUGAGAUGCUGGAGGAGAAUCAAAGUGGCCGACAAUUCAGUGAGGUCGCUUCCCCAGAAAAAGCGAACGUCCCUCAGACGAAGAACCCCUUGUGCUACAGCUGCCUACAGCACGGCACCGCAGCUGCUGUUGUCCCUGAGAGACAAUAUUUGUUGUCACAGCAGGAUUACCGAGCCCUGCUGGCUGGAGUUUGCCACGAAUGUCUGCUGAAGAGAUUGCACAGUGACAGGACACAAUUCAAACUCAAGACACACAGAACCGCCUACAGUGCGCUUCAUUUGAAGUUCUCAAAAGUCACAGGACUGUGGACCGCCAGGGAGACCUGCGUUUACAUUGGGGAGCCGAUGGGGAUGCAGGGCAAGCAGAGAACGGCAAUAUGGGUACAGUUUUUACACCAGGAGGAAAGGUUAAGCAGUUAUGUGGGGAAAGACUACUUGAAGCCGAAGGAGAUCCAGUUUCACCUGAAAGAUGUGGAGAGACAGAUGACAGCCCAGCACUAUGUGACCGAAUUCAACAAGAGUCUUUAUGAAAAGGAGGUCAUGGCUCAGAUUUUCUUCAUUCCCUCGGAAGCGCUAUUGAUUUUGAAUGGAAAUGAGAUUGUGGGAUGUCUAACUGUGGAGCCCUACAUGCUCGGAGACUUCGUCAAACUUACCAACAACACCGGAAAGAAGGACAAGAGUUUUCAGGCUACAGAAUAUGGCCUUGCUUUUGGGCACUUUACCUACCUGUUCUCUGACUGCCAGGAAGUUGUUGUUGACCUACAAGGAUGGGUGACAGCCAAUGGCAAAGGGCUGACCUACUUCACUGACCCUCAGAUUCACUCCACCAAGACACCCAAAGGCCCCUCCAACUUUGCAGCCAGAGGCCUCAGGUACUUUCUGGAAGAGCAACACGGACCAGAGUGUAAUGACAUUUGCCAGCUGCUCAAACUACCUCCAGUGGUCAAACAGACACAUGACUCAUGACUUCCUGAGUUUCAUGAGCUUCUCAAACUGACGUGUUUAAGAUAAAAUGCAGUUACAAUCAAUGCACUGUAUUUUUCAUAGCACUUUUUAAUUCUACUACUGAUAUAAAUUAGGUUUUUCUCAGCUAGUUCUGGUAAUCUUAGACACAUCUGUCGUGCUAAAUAUCUAAACCAUAAACUUGGAUGUCACUUAAAUUCUAUCUUUCUCCACACGAUUAAUACACUGAUACACCGAGCACUCUGAAGACAAUGAUAAACCAGCCUCAUAGACGUUUCAAAAUGGGAAUGAAAAUCUAAAUUUCAUUCACAAACUCUAUAGAAGAUAACAUUGUAUGAUUUACAGCCACAGAAUUAGAACCUACAUCUUAUUUCUGUUUGUUUUCCUGCUGCAAUAAAUAACGUGUGUUGUUUUGUUUUGGACAUAAAAUCUGAGUUAUCAA